GGUGCAGCUGCCGGAUUUUGCUCGCACACUUGCUGCCGCUGCAGUUUUUUUUAUUGUGUUUGUUUGUUGUGCGAUUUCCGGUUCGAGCAGCUGGCGGAUGAACGGCUUCAUACUGCGUGCAGGCAGGAUGGAGGAGUUUAUGACGGAAGAAGAGGAGCCCUGGUUCGACCAGCGGGACCUGGAGCAAGACCUGCACUUGGCAGCAGAACUCGGCAAAACUCUGCUGGAACGCAACAAGGAGCUGGAAGACUCCCUGCAGCAGAUGUACCUCAACAAUGAGGAGCAAGUGCAGGAGAUAGAGUAUCUGACGAAGCAGUUGGAAAUGCUGAGGGAGAUGAACGAGCAGCACACCACGGUGUACGAACAGCUGGAUGUGACGGCCAGAGAGCUGGAGAUCACCAAUGAGAAGCUGGUGAUAGAGAGCAAGGCUUCGCAGCAGAAAAUCGACAGGCUAAUGGGCACCAUGGAGACCCUGCAGGGUCAGGUGGACAUUCUGACAGCUCGGGUGAAUGAACUGCGAACUCUGGAGGAGCUGAGAGUCCUGAGAGAGAAGAAGGAACGACGCAAGACCGUGCACUCCUUCCCCUGCCUCAAAGAGCUCUGCACUGCGCCGAGAUAUGAGGAUGGUUUUCUCUUAGCCAACCCAGGCAGUGUGGACCUGGCUGAGAAACAACCACUGGAUGAGGAGAAUGUGCGCUUGAGAGACAUAGUCUCCUCCCUACGCUUGGCUAUGGACACGGAGAGAACCAAGCGGGAGAAUGCUGAGCGGGAGUGCACGGCUGUGCUACAAGAGUUUGAGCAUCUGGAGCAGCGCCUCUUGGGAGCUGAAGGCUGCCAGCUGCGGGUUCAGGAGCUCGAAGCCGAGCUCCAGGAGAUGCAGCAGCUCAGGAAGUCCAGAAUGUGCCUCUUUGGAGGCAUCGAAGACGGACUGGAGACGCUGCUCAACAUCGACCCCGAGACGGAUACUCCAGAGGUGAGUGCAGGUUUGGAGGACGGAAGUGAAGGUGGCGUUGGGGAGAUGGGUGGCGCAGGGCAGCAGGGAGGCCCUGUGAGGAAAAGCUGCAGCGACACAGCUUUGAACGUCAUCUCAGCCCGCGACGCCUCUGGAAGACGGCAGGGUUAUGCGCUCCACGCCAACAGUGUACGCAAAAGGGGCAUGUCCAUUCUGCGGGAGGUGGAUGAACAGUACCACGCCCUGCUGGAGAAGUAUGAGGAGCUACUGGGGAAGUGCCGGCGGCACAAGGAGAGCCUGCGCCACGCCAGCGUGCAGACAUCCCAGCCGGUCUCAAGGGACCCCUCCAUGAAAGAGUACAGCAUGGUGUCCAUAGGGCCUUCAACAUCGGAGGCUGCAGCCCCCCCUCCCACGCCGCCUCAGACUCCCUCCACCCCAGAGGCUCUGGAGGGGAUCAGCAGGCACGUGGAGCAGGUCGACAAGCGGCUCAGCCAGAACACACCCGAGUACAAGGCUCUCUUUAAAGAGAUCUUCUCCCGUCUGCAGAAGACGAAGAGCGACGUGAACUCUGGCAAAGGAAGGAAGACAAAGAAGUGAGCCAAAGCUCCAAACUAGGUAAACAUGACACCAAGUUCACCAUUGUCCUAAUCAAUCUAACUGUAUUAAUGACUUCUUAACGUUAUCUCCUGACUUCAUGAUGACUGACCUCCUUCGUCAGGUGAUUAAGUACCAUUAGCUCUCAGGAGCUCAGCCAAUUAAAACUACCAAACACUACUUUUGUCCAUGGAUGGAAG